AUGUCACUAUUGAUUUUGGAAUAAAAUCACCUGUUUCCGCGUUGGUAUCUCCCUGGUAUCUCCCUAUGGUUUUCUCUGAAUAUUGUAGUGUUUUUGCUGUCACAUACGUUUCCUUUUCUAUUUUUCACCGGACAAACCAAGCGUCGCAUGUAUGCAUGUAUAAGUUCCCUUGUUUCAUACAUCAAUGUAACACCGCAGCUCUUCAUAUGCGACUGACCUUGCCCGUCUGCAGACAAAACAGUGAACCAGCCAGUCAGUGUUAGCUAGCUCAGCUAACUGUUCGUAUUAGUGCGAAUUCAUGUUCGCUGGUCCUCUCCACGUCCUGGUUUUGUUGCCUUUAUGAUGGAAGAUGAAGCCUUCACAGACAUUAAUGGCAAAGCCAUAUCUCUGGACUGCCAGAGUCACUCUGGUUUCUGCAGAGAGUUCAUUGUCAGCUCUGCCAAAGUGUCCAUCGGUAAGGUGAUGGUGUUCACCUGCUCUGUUUGGCUUGUAGCUUACGCUGUUUUCUUCAUCACAGAGAACACUGCUGUGCUGUCCUGUGCUAUACUCAUCACCCUGGUUGGCAUGAUGGUUCACAUCCACUUUGUGAAGGUUGACCACGAGUCCCUGCUCGUCAUUGGCUCUUUGGGCAUCCAGGUGUCUUCCAGCUACGCCUCAGGCCGAGAGACCACCACAUUCAUUGAGAUGAGCAAGAUUAAGGAUAUAGUCAUCAAUGAAGCUAUAUAUAUGCAUCAAAUCAUUUAUUACCUCUGUGUGCUGUUGAAGGACUCUUCAGAGCCUAAUGCAGUGUCAAGUGUUGUGCCGUUGUUCCAGAGUUCAAAGCCGAGGUUGAACUGCCUGGUGAAGGUUUACAAGAGCUGUCAGGAGAUUCUUUCUAAGUGCUGAUGGUAUGAAGUGGUGGUCAUCCAUCAGAGAUGUUUCUGGGAGCCUAUAGUUUAAUAAGUUGUGUUCUUUUCAAAGGAUGAAUGCAGAGACCGUUUUUAUUAAUUGUGGUGCAUCUUGAUUCAGUUAUUAGUCAUUCAUUUUUUGUAUAUUUCUCCUUUUCAUGCCUUCAUCAACACACUGUACAUCCAAUCAAUCUGAUCUGAUGACCAAUAUAAGUGUAUUAAUGACUUUAUGUUAUACCGUGUUUUGUAGCCACCUGAAUAAUAAUAUGCACCAGUCUAGACUUCUUGUUUGAACCUACUGAGCCACAUUUGUACCUGACAUUGAAUUAACAGUUAGAAAUGCCCUUUGAUCACCUUUCCUCUUUCCUUAUUUAUUCAUUUAGAUAGAAGUUGACUUAUUAAUUCAAUGUCUGUAUUUUAGAAGGAUUCCUAAACUGUAUUUUUGUACUAGAAAUAAUUUUAAUAAAACAUAGAAUCAA